AUGAGAGCUGGAGACUUUUUGCUUUUCUUCUUGGCCUUCCUUUGUGCUUUGCAGCACAUUCAUUCAAAAUCUUUUACCAUCGACUACGAAAACGAUUGCUUCCUGAAGGAUGGCGAGCCAUUUCGUUACAUUUCUGGAAGCUUUCAUUACGUUCGUGUUCCACGUUUCUACUGGAAAGAUCGACUCAUGAAGAUGAAAGCAGGCGGUUUGAAUACUGUUCAGACUUACGUUACUUGGAAUAUUCACGAACCAGUUCAGGGGCAGUACAAUUUUGAAGGAAAUGCUGACCUGGUGAGUUUUAUUAAGCUUGCAAACAGUCUCGGACUCCUUGUAAUCGUAAGAGCUGGUCCAUACAUCUGCGCAGAAUUGGAUUUUGGAGGAUUUCCAGCUUGGCUGUUGAAGGACCCAAAUAUUCGCGUACGGUCGACUAAGGACAAGCGUUUUCUCGAUGCUGUAGACUCGUGGAUGUCCGUUGUGCUUCCAAAACUGCAGCCACUGUUGUACGUGAAUGGAGGGCCUAUUAUAUCAGUCCAAGUUGAGAAUGAAUACGGCAGUUUCUUCGUUUGUGACCACGACUACAUGAGGCACCUAGAGCUACUGUUUCGCAAACACUUAGGCGACGAUGUGGUUCUCUUCACAGUUGAUAGUGCUUUUCAUUUCCUCUUCAACUGUGGCACCAUACCCUCUCUAUAUCCAACCAUUGAUUUUGGACCGGAAAAGGACCCUGAAAGCGCUUUUGCACUCCAGCGCAAAUUUGCUCCUAAGGGACCACUGGUGAAUACAGAGUUUUACACCGGUUGGAUUGACUACUGGGGGGAAAAGCACCAAGUUAAGGACGCUGCGUUUGUCGCAAAAUCUCUUGACAAGAUCCUGUCUAUGAACGCUUCUGUCAACUUUUACAUGUAUGAGGGAGGUACUAAUUUCGGUUUUAUGAGUGGUGCAAAUAUGAAUUUGCUUUCGUACAAACCUAUCCCAACCAGUUACGAUUAUGAUGCACCUUUGACAGAAGCUGGUGAUACCGGCACAAAAUUCCACGUCCUACGGGAGAUAAUAUCUAAACAUGAGAAAAUCCCAAUCGUUCCCAUCCCAGCUAACACGACAAAGUUUGCUUAUGGCAAGGUGCAAAUGACCAGAAUGUUUUCAUUCCUGGAUGUUGUACACGAGCUUUCUGCUCCCAAUGGACCCGUAAAUACCACUUUUCCUUUGACCAUGGAGCAGAUAGGACAGAACCACGGAUUUGUUCUUUACAGAACAAUGAUCCCCAAAAUUUUCUCGCGAUCAACUGUUCGCUUAACCAUUUCAAGCUUGGUCCGCGACAGGGCAAUUAUCUACGUGGGAAAAGUACGCCAAGUAACCAUGUUUCGAAGCUUCAGUCAGGCUCAUGUGAAACUUGUCGUUGGAAGCCAGCUCCAAUUAGACAUCCUGGUCGAGAAUGAAGGCAGAAUCAAUGCAGGUCCCACGAUGGUCGAUCCUAAAGGAAUUUUUGGAAAUGUCACAAUCAAUAAAACUUUGAUAAAAAACUGGCAGAUGUAUCCCAUAAAUCUGGACAAUGUUAUUUCAAAGGAACUUUCUCAACUACCUCGAGAGGGGCACAAAAACGUUUAUCAUGCAUCAUCAAGUGACAUCUUCGCACCUGCUUUCUUCCAUGGCGAAAUUCCACUCAAUUCCCUCGCAAACGAUGUACACGAUACAUUUCUCAAAGUACCAGGGUGGUCUAAAGGACAAGCCUUUGUCAAUGGCUUCAACUUAGGUCGGUACUGGCCUGUCGUUGGUCCACAGCAGACGCUGUUUGUGCCAGCAAACGUGCUCUCGAUGAAUAGGCAGACUAUAAGUGUGGUGUUACUUGAAUUGGAUGGCGACCCAUGCUACACCCCUCACCACAAUACCACGACCUGUUUUGUUGAAUUUGUGGCAACACCUUCCAUUAAUGGGCCUGUGCAUCCCAUUGGUUAA